UGGUCUGUCAAAAAAAAAAAGUAAAUUUUUUUUGCUGUGCCUUCAAUAUUUUGCUGGUUUUAGGAAAGCCGAAAAAUGUUAUAUUGUUUCACUUAAAAUUACAAUAAAUAUAAGGCUAGCAUAUUUUCUUUUCAUCAUAUUGUACGCCAAGAUCAUUUUCAACAAUCGUGUUGUCUCCUGAUAAAAAUAAACCCAAUUUACCGCUUCAUAUUAUAACAUGCUAACCAUGCUAAAUAAAAAUAAAUGAACAAAAAAUUGCAAUUAAAAGUUGUUCAAGGAUUUUAUAGAAGGAUUAUUCGGUGUGAAGGUGUAUAUUUUGUGAUUACGUAAAUCGAUAGAAACAGAAACAUGUCGAUGCCACACAGCAGUUCAAGCACAAGUUCUAGUACAAAACGCAAGGAAAUAUACAAAUAUCAAGCACCAUGGCCACUGUACUCCAUGAAUUGGUCAGUGCGACCAGACAAAAGGUUCCGCCUAGCUCUUGGGAGCUUUGUUGAAGAGUACAACAAUAAGGUUCAAAUAAUAUCCUUGGAUGAAGAGACAAGUGAAUUCAGUGCCAAGUCUACGUUUGACCAUCCGUACCCCACCACUAAGAUCAUGUGGAUACCUGAUAGCAAGGGAGUGUACCCUGACUUAUUGGCUACAAGUGGUGACUAUCUCCGCAUAUGGCGCGCGGGCGAACCAUACACACUAUUUGAAUGUGUCCUCAAUAAUAACAAGAAUUCCGACUUCUGCGCGCCCCUGACUUCGUUUGACUGGAACGAGGUAGACCCCAACCUGAUUGGGACCAGCAGCAUUGACACAACUUGCACCAUCUGGGGGCUGGAGACGGGGCAGAUGUUGGGACGUGUGAACGAGGUUACUGGACAUGUGAAGACACAGCUUAUUGCUCAUGACAAGGAAGUGUACGACAUAGCCUUCAGUCGCGCGGGCGGAGGGCGCGACAUGUUCGCGUCGGUGGGGGCCGACGGCUCCGUCCGCAUGUUCGACUUGAGGCAUCUGGAGCACUCCACCAUCAUCUAUGAGGACCCACAACACACCCCCCUGUUGCGACUAGCGUGGAACAAGCAGGACCCUAACUACCUGGCCACCAUAGCCAUGGACGCCUGUGAGGUGAUCAUCCUGGACGUGCGGGUCCCUUGCACGCCCGUGGCCCGCCUCAACAACCAUCGGGCCUGCGUCAACGGCAUCGCCUGGGCGCCACACAGCUCCUGCCACAUUUGUACAGCAGGCGAUGACCACCAGGCGCUGAUCUGGGACAUUCAGCAGAUGCCGCGAGCAAUUGAAGACCCCAUCCUAGCUUACACGGCGGCCGAGGGUGAGGUCAACCAGAUCCAGUGGGGCGCCACACAGCCUGACUGGAUCGCAAUCUGUUAUAACCGACACACUGAGAUACUCAGAGUUUAAACCAAUUAGAUCACCAAAAACGCAUCUACUUGUAUUACCCCUCGUUAACAACUACCCUGAUGACUCUUCCAUAAAAUAAUCUUACCAGGUAAUACAGAAAAUAAUAAAUUGCCUUAAAACAUUACGAACAUUACUAUACGUUUUGGUAUUGUAAUACACUGUGAUGACAACUAUACAGAACCAACAAGUAUCGCCAACAUGACCUGCAUAGACAAUUGAAACAAAUUCCAACUCACAUCUACAUAUGUGAUGACUAUCUCUAAUAUGCAAAGGCAGAUAGCUGCAACUUAAAAAUUGGCAUUUUUGGCAAUCAGUAAUCUUUUUUAUAUAAUUAUUACUAUACUUACCCUCUUGGUCAUACUUAAAUCUGAGAUUA